AUGCAACUCACAAGUGUCUUCGCCGUUGUUGCUGUUGUCUUGAGCCCUCUCGUCAGCGCUGCCGUCUACAAGUGCCCAGCUACACAAUACACUGAGCACUACUGUUGCGGAAGCUCCGGUCCUCUUACCAACUCGGAUCUAGCCAAGUUGCUUGCUCAGGCCAAUACCAAUACCCAGCCUGCUGCGCCGGCCCCGGAUACAACUGUAUUUUCGCAUCCAUGGCCAAUACUUGCGCCUGCCCGCCAGUUUAUAACUGCCCUUGCUAGUUUGGAAGCACUCUGGCCGGAGUCUUGGACGAUUACCCCUGAAGGGAGAAGAGGGGAAGCUUUGAUAGUUAUAGUCGGAAUCAUGUUAAGCUUUGAUAGCUUGAAAGUGUAUCAUAUUUUCGGUGAGAGGAGAACGUGA